AUGGAUUUCUCAGACGAUGUCUUCAAAGAUGUCUUUGGUGGUUUGUACGAGCCAUUCGCAGGCCUGAAUGAGAUGGAUUUCGAGCUGCACGGUAUCUACAUGGAUCAUGAACCUCAGAACGAAUUUUUUUCUCCUCUGAACAAAUGUAAGGAUUCUUUUCUGAAUGUACUUCUUAGUGAUGAUAGUCUACGCAAUUCUAGCAUAGUUGAUGAGGUUAGAGCACAAGUUUAUCAUGAUGGUGACUGGAAAAGUGAUGAAGAGGUUGUCCAAGAAAGAGAUAAAGUGAAGAAGAAGCACAUAAUUCAUGAUCCAAAUACAAGAUGGGAUCUUAUGGAACCCAAGUUAGGUGACAUGUUUGAGUCUAUGGCACAACUAAAGUUUUGUAUGCAAAACUAUGCAGUGGCAAACAUAUAUGGACUAUAUUAUGAGAAAUGUGACAACACAAGAAAGUUCAAAUUUGGAGCCAUGGUUACCCCUGAAUGGAUAGACAGGCAUUACAUUACUGAGACUGCCAACAAACCCAAGUUCAAACUUAGGGAGAUAAUAGUUGAUAUCAAGCAGACGUACAAGUGCGUAGUGUCCAUUGGUCAAGUUCGUAGGGCUAGAGCAUAG